AAACAUUGGAAAAAUAUAAGAAAAAAUUCAGAAAUAAUUAAUAAGCAAAAUGUCAUCAACUGCCAUUGCAAAUAAGAAUAAAAAGCAUUUUUUGGGUAUACCGGCUCCUUUGGGAUAUGUUGCAGGUGUUGGCAGAGGAGCAACUGGAUUUACAACUCGUUCUGAUAUUGGUCCAGCAAGAGAUCAAAAUGAUGUGUCCGAUGACAGACAUGCACCGCCAACAAAAAGAAAGAAAAAGGACGAAGCAGAAGAGGAAGAUGAUGAGGAUUUAAAUGACUCAAAUUACGAUGAAUUUUCUGGAUAUUCAGGAAGUGGAUUAUUCUCAAAAGAUCCAUACGAUAAGGAUGAUGCAGAAGCUGAUGCAAUUUAUGAAUCAAUUGAUAAGAGAAUGGAUGAAAAGCGUCGUGAAUAUCGUGAGAAAAAAGAAAAAGAAUUUUUAGAACAAUAUCGUCAGGAAAGACCCAAAAUCCAGCAACAAUUCUCAGACAUUAAAAGAACAUUAGCAUCUGUAUCCGAAUCAGAAUGGGCAUCACUUCCAGAAGUCGGUGAUGCAAGAAAUCGAAAACAAAGAAAUCCAAGAGCUGAGAAAUUUACACCUUUACCUGAUAGUGUUUUGUCCAGAAAUUUAGGUGGGGAAUCAGCUACGACACUCGAUCCAACAUCUGGUUUAGCAUCAAUGGUUCCUGGUGUUUUAACUGUAUCAGGAGAUUUAGAUUUACGAAAGAUUGGACAAGCUAGAAAUACACUUAUGAAUGUUAAAUUGUCACAAGUUUCUGAUUCCGUUACUGGACAAACUGUCGUUGAUCCAAAAGGAUAUUUGACUGAUUUGCAGAGUAUGAUUCCGACUUAUGGAGGUGACAUAAAUGAUAUUAAAAAAGCUCGUUUAUUACUCAAAAGUGUCCGUGAAACAAAUCAACAACAUCCACCAGCAUGGAUUGCUAGUAGUCGUUUAGAAGAAGUUACAGGUAAAGUUCAAAUGGCUCGUAAUUUAAUUAUGCGUGGAUGUGAAAUUAAUCCAACAAGUGAAGAUUUGUGGCUUGAAGCUGCUCGCUUACAACCACCAGAAACAGCAAAAGGAGUAAUUGCACAGGCUGUACGUCAUAUCCCAUCAUCUGUAAGAAUCUGGAUUAAAGCUGCAGAUUUGGAAAUUGAAACGAAAGCAAAAAGACGUGUUUUUCGUAAAGCAUUAGAGCAUAUUCCAAAUUCUGUUCGUUUAUGGAAAGCAGCAGUUGAAAUAGAGAAUCCAAAUGACGCUAGAAUCUUAUUAUCUCGAGCUGUAGAAUGUUGUAAUACUAGUGUCGAAUUGUGGUUAGCACUUGCUCGAUUAGAAUCGUAUGAAAAUGCCCGAAAAGUUUUAAAUAAAGCACGUGAAAAUAUCCCAACAGAUAAACAAAUUUGGACAACUGCUGCAAAAUUAGAGGAAGCAAAUGGUAACAUACCAAUGGUUGAAAAAAUUAUUGAUCGUGCCAUAAAUUCACUUGGUGCUAAUGGAGUUGAAAUUAAUCGUGAACAGUGGCUUCAAGAAGCUAUUGAAUCUGAAAAAUCAGGAAGUGUCCGUACAUGUCAAGCUGUAAUAAAAUCAGUUAUUGGUAUUGGCAUUGAGGAAGAAGAUAGGAAACAGACGUGGAUAGAUGAGGCUGAUAAUUGUGCUAAAGAAAAUGCAUAUGAAUGUGCCAGAGCUAUUUAUGCUCAUGCAUUACAAGUUUUUCCGACAAAGAAAAGUAUUUGGUUACGUGCUGCACAUUUUGAGAAACAAUAUGGAACUCGUGAAAGUUUAGAGACACUAUUACAAAAAGCUGUCCAAAAUUGUCCAAAAGCAGAGGUUUUAUGGCUUAUGGGAGCAAAAUCGAAGUGGCUAGCUGGAGAUGUUCCUGCUGCUAGAAGUAUCUUAAAUUAUGCAUUUCAGGCUAAUCCAAAUUCAGAGGAAAUUUGGUUAGCAGCUGUUAAACUUGAAUCUGAAAAUGCUGAAUAUGAAAGAGCAAGGAAAUUACUUUCUAAAGCUCGCAGUUCAGCUCCAACACCUCGAGUCAUGAUGAAAUCUGCAAAAUUGGAAUGGGGAUUGAAUAAUCUUGAAGAAGCGUUGAAUUUAUUGGACGAAGCAGUUAAAGUUUUUCCAUCUUUCCCAAAAUUAUGGAUGAUGAAAGGACAAAUAGAGGAACAAAAAGAAAGAAUUGAUGCAGCUAUUGAAGCUUAUAAUAACGGGCUUAAACAAUGUCCAAAUUCAAUUCCUUUAUGGCUACUUUUAUCAGCUCUAGAAGAAAAACGAGGUGUUUUAACUAAGGCACGAUCAGUUCUCGAAAGAGGUCGUUUAAAAAAUCCCAAAAAUGCACUUUUAUGGUUGGCUGCAAUUCGAGUUGAAAUUCGUGCUGGAAUGAAGGAUAUUGCCAAUACUUUAAUGGCACGAGCACUUCAAGACUGUCCUACAUCGGGUGAAUUGUGGUCUGAAGCAAUUUUCUUAGAAUCAAAACCAUUAAGGAAGUCUAAAUCAGUUGAUGCUUUAAAAAAAUGUGAGCAUGAUCCACAUGUCCUACUUGCUGUAUCUAAACUAUUUUGGAGUGAACGAAAAAUACAAAAAUGUCGCGAGUGGUUUCACAGAACAAUUAAAAUAGAUGCAGAUUUUGGAGAUGCUUGGGGAUAUUUCUAUAAGUUUGAGCUGCUUAUGGGAACCGAAGAGCAGCAACAAGAAGUUUUAAAGAGAUGCAUUGCAGCUGAGCCAAAACAUGGUGAAGAAUGGUGUAAAGUUAGCAAAGAUAUUGCAAACUGGCGAUUUAAGACCGAAGAUGUUUUAAAGACACUGGUACGAGCAUUGCCUAUACCUCUUUAAAAAUAUUUUAUUCCUUUUUUUUUGUCACAAUAAUUCAGAAAAAUAAAAGCUAUAAAAUUU